AUGUCAGCCGGAGCGCCCAAACACGAUCAAUGGCAGUGGGAGAAUGCCACCGCUGGCGCCGCCGCCGGAAUCGCCACAGUCACCGUCAUGUAUCCCCUCGAUGUUGUCCGCACUAGGUUUCAAGUUAACGAUGGUCGAGUCUCUCAUCUUCCCCGUUACAAGAAUACCACUCACGCCGUUUUCACUAUUGCUCGCUCCGAGGGAUUAAGAGGGUUAUAUGCAGGCUUUCUUCCUGGGGCUCUCGGGUCCACUAUUUCAUGGGGUUUAUAUUUCUUUUUCUAUGAUAAAGCCAAACAAAGAUAUGCAAGGAACAGGGAGGGGAAGUUGAGCCCAGGUCUUCAUCUUGCCUCAGCUGCUGAAGCAGGAGGUUUGGUUUGCUUAUGCACAAAUCCUGUUUGGCUAGUAAAGACAAGAUUGCAGCUUCAAACUUCGCUUCAUCAGACACGACCAUACUCUGGGCUUUAUGUUCCCAAUGGAACCAAUAGUAGAGAGUAUAACACCAUAUCGAGGGAGGAAGGAUUUAGUGCACUUUACAGAGACAUUGUUCCAGAUGCAUUUAGGACCAUUUUGAGGGAAGAAGGAUUUAGGGCGCUUUACAGAGGGAUUGUUCCUGGUCUAUUUCUGCAGGUCUCUCAUGGUGCUAUUCAGUUCACAGCAUAUGAGGAGCUACGUAAAGUUAUUGUUGAUUUUAAAAGUAAGAGAAGUACAGAACACAAUCAAAGUCCUGAUACAUUGUUGAAUUCUGUUGAUUAUGCGGUUCUUGGAGCAACAUCAAAACUAGCUGCCAUACUGCUAACUUAUCCAUUUCAGGUUAUGCGGUCUCGCUUGCAGCAACGACCUGGUGGUGAUGGCGUUCCAAGAUAUAUGGACACUUGGCAUGUUGUGAAAGAAACUGCACGUUUUGAAGGCGUCCGAGGUUUUUACAAAGGAAUUACUGCAAACCUCUUGAAGAAUGCUCCUGCUUCUUCAAUAACAUUUAUUGUUUAUGAAAAUGUUAUAAAAUUGCUUAAACCGACUAGAAGGAAUGACUGA